CUCCAAUAUAUCUAUAAUUCCCUCCUCCAACUAUCACACUUAAGAAAAAAUUCAAAUAAAAAUUGUAAUUUUAGGUUUCUUUUUCAAUUAAUUUCUCCUAAAACCAACGUCGUACGUCACACGUUUGAGAGAGUAAUAUACACGUGUUAGGGAGGGUACGGUGCAUGGAAUGUUUCAUCAAAGUUGAUGUCUUUUAUAUACAUAUAUAUAUGGAUUUCGACAAUUUUUAGAAUGUUGGAGUUUAAGGUAAAAAAUCUGAGUCCAGAGAUGAAGGCUACGUUGAAAUAUUUGGCAGGAAUUGCUGGGCCAAGUGGCUAUGGCUCCAAAACUACUGCUCAACAAGUUGCUGAUGAUUGCUUCUCCUCCAUGCCUUCGUCUCAUCUCACUGCAAUAGUCACUGGCGCGACGUCGGGCAUCGGUGCAGAGACGGCCAGAGUUCUUGCCAAGAGAGGUGUGAGAGUAGUUAUGCCAGCAAGGGAUUUGAGUAAGGCAGAAAGAGUGAAGGAAAGUAUACAAAGAGAGAGCCCAGAAGCUGAGAUUAUCAUAUUGGAGAUUGAUUUGAGCUCAUUUGGUUCAAUUCAGAGAUUUUGCUCUGAGUUUUUAUCAUUAGGAUUGCCCCUACACAUUCUCAUAAACAAUGCUGGCAAAUAUUCACAGAAGCUGGAAUUUUCUGAGGACAAAAUUGAGCUUACUUUUGCCACAAAUUAUUUAGGUCAUUUUUUGUUGACGGAAAUGCUAGUGGGGAAAAUGGUGGAGACAGCAACAGAAUCUUGCAUAGAGGGGAGAAUAGUGAAUGUCUCCUCUGUGAUUCACAAUUGGGUGAAUACCAAACACUUUUGCUUCAGUAAAUUGCUCAACCCAAAAAGCUAUAAUGGCACCAGAGCUUAUGCUCAAUCAAAACUAGCCAACAUACUGCAUGCCAAGGAACUAUCAAGACAGCUCAAGGCAAAAAAAGCAAAUGUGAGUAUCAAUGCUGUCCAUCCUGGGAUUAUCAAGACUGGAAUUACCAGAGAUUACAGAGGCUUUAUUACAGAUUCUCUCUAUUUUGUGGCAUCAAAAUUGCUCAAGUCCACAUCACAGGGGGCGGCCACUACGUGUUACGUUGCGUUGAGCCCUCGAGUGGGAGGCAUGAGUGGCAAGUAUUUCGCGGACUGCAAUGAGAGCCAUUGCUCAGCGCUGGCGAGUGAUGAGAGCAAUGCGAGGAAGCUGUGGAAGCAGACGCGUGCUCUCAUGCACAGGCGAUUUCUUCUCCCGGUGGGCAAAUGUGGUGAAGAAGAACAAAUUCAACCUAAUUAAUUUACCUAGUCUUUUAGGCAUGUAAAUAAUACAUCAAUUAGAUUAAAAUUUCCCACUCUUGUGGUGGUGAUAAUUAUUUGUUUAUCAAUAAUAAAAUGCACAUCACUUCAGCCAGGCGGAGCCCAUUAAGCCAGCCCGUUAUUUUCGACGAUCUACUAUUUUCUUUGUAUCAUUGUAUCUAAACUAAUUACUAGCAUAAAAUUAUUGUUGUAUGUUUCUAAACAUUA